UAAUUUUCAGGGGAAAAAAUCAACCCUAGAACAAAUUAAAUUUGAUUGCUAUGAAUCAAACGGAAUGAGAGAAUGUCCGAAGAGGAAGGGAGCAUCUCCGCCUCCACGUGCAAGUAAAUCCCAAUCACGAAUACAAGAAUCAGAUAACAAACUUGGAACCUCGGAACUCCUUUGCCCGUUAAGCCUCAAAGACUCGAGACAGGCCUUCGAAACUCUUUAAAACGAAAAAACAACUUCCCUUUUGCUUACUAAUUAAUGUUUGAUGCUUCAGUUCUAAUAGUAUGGGAGCUCAGAAGAGCAUCCAUGCUGGCAAAGCCAAAAUUGAUGUGAAUGUUGAUUUCACCCACAAGCUUUGUGCCUCUUUGAUGCUCCCUCCUCUUAGGCACGCUGGUAGUCCUCUUUCACUGAUAAUUGGGAGUCUUUGCAUCAAACAUCCUAAUUUAUUUGGAGGGAGCGAGAAGCUCGAUGUAUCAUGGGACAAGGGGCUGUAUGAUUCAAAUGUAUUGGUAGCUUAUAGGAGGCCGAGACCUGAAUGGCUUGCUCAACAAUGUUUUAUCAUUCAGCAUUCUGUUUCACCUGAAAUUGGAGUCCAUGGUACACCAAUCGACAAUUUCUCUCGUUCAGGGAGUGGAGGUGUGAACUUAUCUCGAUUGUCAUUUGGCUUGGAUCUAAAUGAACCUGCAAGUUCUCGAUGGAGCAGCACAACCAGUUUUAAAUUUGAGCAUGUGCGCCUGCUGAAUGAUGAUGGCCGCUCCAUGAUUAGUGAUCAUGAUGGGUUCCCGGUGACUUGCAGUGGCAGACCCCAUGACUGUAUGGUAGUUCUCAAACAAGAAUCACGAUAUGCAAAGGCAAAUGAUCACAGUUUUUCUCGUUUCAGCAUGCAAAUAGAACAAGGGAUACCUGUUUUGUCAAAAUGGCUAAUCUUUAACCGGUUCAAAUUUGUUGCAACAAGGGGAGUUAAACUUGGGCCAGCAUUUUUCUUGGCAAGCCUGACAGGUGGUUCCAUUGUAGGGGACAUGGCUCCUUAUCAAGCAUUUGCUAUCGGCGGUGUUGGUAGUGUGCGAGGAUAUGGUGAGGGUGCUGUUGGAUCUGGGAGAUCAUGUUUGGUUGCUAAUAGUGAAUUAACAUUCCCUUUGAAUAAGAUGUUGGAAGGUGUUGCCUUCUUGGACUGUGGAACAGACUUGGGCUCUGGUCGCCUUGUACCUGGAAAUCCAGCACUUAGGCAAGGGAAACCAGGAUCUGGAAUCGGGCUCGGAUAUGGCCUUCGCUUGAAGUCUCCAAUUGGUCACUUACAGGUUGACUAUGCGAUUAACGCCUUCCACCAAAAAACUCUCUACUUUGGCAUCAGCAACCUUAUUUCAUGAUAAAUGGGUAGUACCCCAAAGCUGCAGCUCCGUUAUUUUCCCAGUGAUUUAAAUUCUUUGGUGAGAACAUUGGAGAUUUUAUAGGUUGCAAUCCAAAGAAACUGUUAACCUUUCGUUGCUGCUGUAGACAUUUCUGAGGCAUAUCAUCCAUUUCCAGUAUGAAGUUUCAAGAACAGGAUAAAGUGUGUCAAUCUAAGAUAAGUGGCAUUUUUUUUUUUCACUGCAUUUCUGCCCUUAUAUAGGAAAAUAGUUCACGGUGUAGAAACAAACAAUGAUCAUUCGAUUGAUUCUGUUUUAAGUGAGCUUCCCUUUGAUAAUUAUUAUAUAACUUAAUAAUUAUCUA